UGUGUCUUAUAUGAAGAAUAUUUUAAUCAUAAUUAUUUAAAGAAAUAUUCAAUUUUUGAAUAUAUAAAAGAAAACAAUAUGAAAAUGACUAUUUUACAAAGUUUGUGCAUCUUAUUUAUUUCAAUGGUAACAGUUCUUCUAGCUGCAGAAGAAUCUAAAACUAUUGAAUUAAAUACACCUCUUGGUAGAGUAAAGGGAUCAUUUAUGACAAGCAGAUUGGGAAGAAAAAUCUAUUCUUUUCGAGGAAUGAGAUACGCUGAACCUCCUGUGGGUCAACGAAGAUUUAAGCAAGCAGUUCCAGUAAAGCCAUGGACGAAAAUUUUUGAUGCUUCCGUUGAUGGUCCAGCUUGUCCUCAACCUAAUAACUCACACAUUUCUGAAGAUUGCUUGCGAUUAAAUGUCUACACAAAUCAGCUUCCAACUAAAUCAAACGCAGUGCGGAAGCCUGUCAUAGUUUAUUUUCACCCUGGUGCCUUUUUCUUUCGAUCUGGCCGAAGUGAUUUACAAGGACCUCAAUAUUUAUUAGACAAAGAAGUUGUUCUAGUCACUGUAAAUUAUCGCCUGGCAUCAUUAGGAUUCAUAAGCACUGGAGACUCUUUACUGCCAGGAAAUCUCGGUCUUAAAGAUCAAGUAGCGGCGUUGCGUUGGGUAAAAAAAUAUAUUGCAGUUUUUGGAGGAGAUCCUGAUUGCGUGACAAUAACAGGAUACAGUGCAGGAGGCUGGAGUGUUACAUUACAUUUGGUGUCACCCAUGUCAAGGGGAUUAUUUCACAGGGCAAUUGCAAUGAGUGGUUCGGCUGUUUUUCAAAAACCAUUUCCCAAACAUCAAAAGAAUUUAGCAAUAAAGCAAGCUCAAUUUGUAAAUUGUCCAACCGACACUGUUCGAAAUAUGCUCAAUUGCUUGAAUAAAAAACCCGCUGAAGAAAUCGCCAAUACUUUACUGCAAUUCUCUGAAUGGAAUGGAAAUCCAAUUUGGAUUUGGACUCCAGUAAUUGAGCCGAUAGUUCCUGGGGUUGAAAGAUUUCUCACUGAUGACCCAGCAAAAUUAAUAGAAGAAGGAAAAUUUGAACAAGUUCCAUUUAUUGGAGGUGUUACUAAAGAUGAAUUCGGUGGUGUUAUUAUAUUGGCAAGAGAGGAAGCUAAAAAAGGAAACUUCAGUGCAUUCAAUGAUUGGAAUACAAAGUGGGAUGAAAUAGCACCUAUUAUUUUUAUUUACGAAAGAAAUACUGCUAGAUCUAGAUAUAUUAGUAGAGAGUUUAAUUCAUUUUACAAUCAUGAUAAACCAAUUAGUCUUAAUAAUCUUCAAGGGAUUUAUGGACUUUAUCGUGAUUCCAUAGUUUCAUAUUCAGUGCAUCGCCUUAUUAAUUUAUUGGCAGCUUCAUCUUGUUUACCUGUCUAUUAUUAUCACUUUAUUUAUCAGGGAAGAUUUAGUCACUAUUUGGAUCCUGAAACAAAUAAACCCUUUGGUGUUUCGCAUCAUGAUGAUUUGAUGUACAUUUUUUACAUUGAACAAUUUCCGCUUUUCAAAAAAGACGAUCCAGAAACACGAACAGUAGAACGAAUAACAGCCAUAUGGGAAAAUUUUGCCAGAACUGGAAAACCAAUUCCUCGAGAUAAUGCAUUGUUUAAAAAUGUUUCAUGGAAGAGAUUCACACCACAACGCAAACGAUAUUUAGAAAUUGGCAAUGAACUUGUCAUGAGAAAUGGUCUUAUUAAUCCCAGAGAAAUGGCAUUGUGGGAUAGAUUAUUUCCCCUGCCAUAAAUACGAAAACUAUUUUUUAUUAUCUAUGUAUGUCAAAAAAUUAGGUUGAUUUUUGACCUAACCAAUUUUUGGCACAGAAAGAACGAAAUAUUUUUUUUAAAAAUUCUUAAAUUAACCCCUUCACUGUUAUUGACCUCUAUAGAGGCAUAAAAAUAUCGUGCCACCAGUGUGUGUAUGACCGCUAUAGUAGCAUCUAGAAAAAAAUAAGUAGACACAAUACGAUAAACUUGUCAAUGGGUAUUCUUAGGUAUGGUAACAUCAAGUUUUUUUUUUUUUAAUUUUUUUUACCACAUACGGGGCACGGAAGCUUUAUUUCUGCUACACAGCGAAGGGGUUAAGAGUUUCGUUUUUGCUUUGAAUGUAUGAAGUUUAUUCAGUUAAGUUACAUUAAGUUAAUUACUUUGUUUCUCAAUGUAAAAAUUUGAAUCUUAAAAUAAAAUAUUAAAAUUUA